AUGGAAAAUGUUAUGCAUGUAAAAGUGGAUAUGAAUUAUAUAUUGGCGAUUGUCGUUCUAUUUGCUAAAAUAAAACUCUUACUUUAUUAUAAUAAUGUAAUGAAAACUCUCUUAUUUGUGUUAAUUGUUAAUAUAAAUGUUCUAUAUAUUGUAUUAAUUGCCAUUUUGGAAUAUGUCUUUAAUGUGAUGAAAAUGCUGGAUGGUAUGUUUAGAUUGAUGGAACAUGUAAUACCAUAUGUGGUGAUGGAAUAAUCGUUAGUUUAACUGAAAGUUGUGAUGAUGGUAAUUCUAUUCCGUAUGAUGGAUGUAAUGGUUGUUAAUUUUAAUGUAAUACUUAUUGUCUUACUUGUAUCAAUUAAUAGUGUCUAUCUUGCUAAAUUGGUUAUUAAUUAAUUCAAAAUAGAUGUUUUGCAAAAUGUUAGGAUUCCAUUCUAGUAUAUCCUGAAUAAUGUGAAGAUGGAAAUUUAACUCAAUAUGAUGGAUGUUUUAAUUGCGAAUUUUAAUGUUCUAGAUAUUGCAUAGAUUGCUAAUUUGGGAUCUGUUAGAAGUGUGAUCAAUUAAAUGGAUGGUAUUUACAAUCAAAUGGAACUUGUCAAAGCCUAUGCGGAGACAAUAUAAUUGUUAGAGAAGUUGAAGAAUGUGACAAUAAUACCAAUCUUACUAGACCUUGUAAUCAAUGUUAACAUACAUGUGAAUAAAAUUGUUUAGUAUGUAAUUAAGGUUUGUGCAGUGUUUGUAUUAAAGGAUAUAAACUAUUAUAAUCAAUAUAAAAAUGCAUUCAAAUUUGUGAUGAUGGGACUUUAGUUAAGAUUAAUAACAUAUGUGAGGAUUAUAAUAAUCUGUAGAAUGAUGGCUGUUAUUCUUGUUAAAUUAGUUGUUAAUCAUCUUGUACUUAAUGUACUUUAAAUGGAUGCCAAGAAUGUAAUAAAUAAGGAUGGAAAUUAAAUGAAUAAUAAUAUAAAUGUGAAUCUAUUUGUGGAGAUGGAAUAAUUGUACAAGAUGAUGAGUGUGAUGACUUAAUAAAUUAAAACUGUUUUCAAUGUAAAUAUAAAUGUUAAGAUUCUUGUUUGA